GGAAGACGCCCGGACGUCAGCCUCCGUCCUGCCCGCUCCUCUUCCCUCCCAAGUAAGGGAAUAAAGCGGGACGAGGGUCCACCCCCUCCGCUGCCCCCGGAGAGCCCAGCGGGGCGAAGACCCCGGGACUCGGGCCCGCCAUUGGACUUUGGGCCGAAUUCCCCCGCCCCGCCCCAGACUUUUCCCAGCAGUCGUCAGGCAGAGCAUGGCUCUCUGGGUCUCCUCUUGCAUCCUGAUAGCGGGUUAAGAGAAGCCCGUUGGUAGCCGGCAACAGGGCGCUGACAGGUGCGGGCCAACAGAGCUCUCCGACAUCGCCGUAGAGCGAUGGACGUAGGCCGCCCGUAGCGCCGGCUCCGACCCAGACCUCCGGCCCUCUUCAGCGUGGACUCGGAACGAUCCAAGGAUUCGCCUGCAAGAUGAGCGACGGGACGUGGAUCACCCUCAGCCCCACGGAAUUCACGCAACUCCAGCAGUAUUCUGAUUAUUCCACCAAGAAGCUGAAGGACGUUUUGGAAGAAUUCCACGGAGAUGGGGUCCUGUCCAAGUAUAAUCCAGAACAGCCCAUUGACUAUGAAGGAUUCCAGCUCUUCAUGAGGACGUACUUGGAGGUGGACAUUCCUGAAGAACUUUGUCAGCACCUCUUCAUGUCCUUCAAACGCAAGACCUGCCAGCCAUCGCCCGACUCCCAGAGGCCGGGUUCCAGUAUUUCCCAAAUUGAUUCCAAGUCUUUGGAUACAGGGAUCUCCAUCCAGACUGAAGUAGCCUGUGCUCCCGUUACAGGGAUCAAUGGGAAGACACUCCUCAGCGCCAUGGGCAGACACUCGCCCGAAGCCAAAAGCUCCGCGGGGAACCUGUCUGAACAGCAGCCGGCGUCGCUCGCCCCCACUCCCAUGUCCAACAUCGGUGUCGUGGGCAGUGUCUCUCCGAGCUGGUCCAGGUCAUCGUCCCAGAGGUCCACCGCUGGCACCCCCUCAGCUCAAAACUCCUCAGGUUCUUCCAAGAUCUCCUCGGGCUCUCUGCUCAGCCCUCAGUCUCCAGGCUCGAGGAGCUUAGAGAAGAAGAAAACCUUUAACCUUCGAAAGAGUCACAACUCCCUCAAAGCUGUCUCUCUGCAUCCUCCUGCCCCAUUGACCCAGGUGGUCUACCUGAAAGACAUUGUUUGCUACCUGUCGCUUCUGGAAAGGGGUCGGGCUGAGGAUAAAUUAGAGUUCAUGUUUCGUCUCUAUGACACGGAUGGUAACGGCCUCUUGGACAGCUCGGAGCUGGAUCGGAUAAUCAACCAAAUGGUCCACGUCGCAGAGUACCUGGAGUGGGACGCCACAGAGCUCCGGCCCAUUUUGAAGGAGAUGAUGGAGGAAAUUGAUUUUGACCACGAUGGGACCGUUACUCUGGAAGAAUGGAUUCGGGGGGGCAUGACCACCAUCCCUUUACUGGUCCUACUGGGAAUGGAGACGAAUGUGAAGGAUGACGGGCAGCACGCUUGGAGACUGAAGCACUUCAAGAAGCCGGCCUACUGCAACUUCUGUCGCACGAUGCUUCUGGGAGUCCGGAAACAGGGCCUCUGCUGCUCAUUUUGUAAAUAUACAGUCCACGAGAGGUGUGUAUCCAAAGAGAUCGCAGCAUGCAUCAGCACUUAUGUGAAAUCCAAAAAGAACACCAACGUGAUGCAGCACGCGUGGGUUGAAGGAAACUCCCCAGUUAAAUGCGACCGGUGCCACAAAAGUAUCAAAUGCUACCAGGGUAUUACUGGGCUACACUGUGUAUGGUGCCAAAUCACGCUUCACAACAAAUGCGCCUCCCACAUGAAGCCGGAGUGUGACGGCGGACACCUCAAGGACCACAUUCUACUGCCUUCCUCCAUAUGCCCCGUCGUCCUGGACAGACAGUCUCACCCUAGGAAAUCCGAUAGUGACUCCCCAGCCAGCACCAGCCCGGACGACACCUGCUGCCAGACCUUCAAAUUCAAUACCACCACUGUGGAUGGGCACGGACUGCAGAUCACCCCCACCCCUGGCACCCAUCCUCUGCUGGUGUUUGUGAACCCCAAAAGCGGAGGGAGACAAGGAGAAAGAGUCCUUCGGAAAUUCCACUACCUGCUCAACCCCAGACAAGUUUACAACCUGGACCGCGGGGGCCCUGCUCCAGGAUUAAACUUUUUCCGUGACGCACCAGACUUCCGUGUGCUGGCCUGCGGAGGGGAUGGGACUGUUGGCUGGAUCUUGGAUUGCAUUGAUAAGGCCAACUUGCUGAAACACCCGCCGGUGGCCAUCCUGCCUUUGGGGACAGGGAAUGACCUUGCAAGGUGUCUCCGCUGGGGAGGAGGCUACGAAGGUGGCAGUUUGCUGAAGAUCCUGAAGGACAUCGAGCACAGCCCUGAGGUGAUGCUAGAUCGAUGGCGUAUCGAAGUCAUUCCCAAUGACAAGGCGGAGAACGGAGACCCUGUUCCCUACAGCAUCGUCAACAAUUACUUCUCCAUCGGCGUGGAUGCAUCCAUCGCUCACAGAUUCCACAUGAUGCGGGAGAAACAUCCGGAAAAGUUCAACAGCAGGAUGAAGAACAAGCUGUGGUAUUUUGAAUUUGGCACGACCGAAACUUUCGCUGCCACCUGCAAGAAGCUCCAUGAUUACGUAGAGAUUGAGUGUGACGGGACACUUCUGGACCUGAGCAGUGCCUCUCUGGAGGGCAUCGCUGUGCUCAACAUUCCCAGUAUGUAUGGAGGCUCCAACCUCUGGGGAGAGACCAAGAAACAACGCAGCUACAACCGGAUGAGUAAGAAAGUGCCCGAGAAGCUCCACUCCACCGUGGUGACCGACGCCAAGGAGUUGAAGUUCUGUGUCCAAGAUCUCAGUGACCAGCUCCUUGAAGUAGUGGGACUCGAAGGAGCAAUGGAGAUGGGACAGAUCUACACUGGACUGAAGAGUGCUGGGAAAAGACUAGCUCAGUGUUCCUCUGUAACUAUCAGGACCACAAAGCUGUUACCCAUGCAAGUGGACGGAGAACCCUGGAUGCAACCACCCUGCACGAUUAAAAUCACUCACAAAAGUCAAGUGCCCAUGCUCCUGGGACCGCCGCAAAAGAGCAGCUUCUUCUUCCUCAAGCGAUGGAACCGAACCCGAGACUGAACUGAGAACCCAAAUCCCCAGCAAACCGAGGACCUGGACUCUUCACACACAUACACACACACACCUCUCCUCCCCCUCCCACCCUUCCC